CCCCGACCUUGUCCGCCAUUCCCCCUUCUCCAGCCCCAACCUCUGCCGCCAAGCUAUCACUAGCCGCCGUCCCUGUAGCUCGGCUAUUUCACGCAGCUGCACAGCAGAACCCUAUCUGUAUGACAUCAUCGAUGGUGAUCCAGAUCUGACCGUCGUCGAUGAACCCUGGCCACAGGCCACUGUAGCCAUUGUCACAAAUCUGACGAUCGUCGCCCAUCAUCCUCGGCCAGAGAAAGGUGAAGAAGUAGAGUACAGGCCUGGAGGAGACGGUGGAGAUGGCGCGGCAUCGCUGCGAUGCAUACCACGGCGGCGUGGAUUCGCUGCGAUGCGGUCAUGAACGGGGAAGUGGAAUGAUGGCGGCGAUAAAGUCGUGAACUGCGUUUUGGUCAGCGGCGGAGGCAGUGUGGAUUGGGCGGUGGCGAAGUCUCAAGGUCAGCGGCAGCGGCAUCGUGGAUUGGGCGGCUGUGAAUCUGGAGUUGUGGAGCUCCAUGGUUUUUGAGGAGAUACGAAGGGGAUUUUGAAAGAAGUCGACGGAUCAGGCUUUUUAUAUUUAAAUGCUCACUUUUAUGUCCAAGUAAAAAGCACUCAUAUUUU